UCACCUGCUCAGAACCUGUCAGGUUGGUGGGAGGAGCCAGUCGCUGUGCAGGAACACUGGAGGUGAAACGAGGAGAAUGGAGACCAGUUUAUGGCUCUAACUGGAUUCUGAAGUCAGCAGCUGCAGUCUGUAGAGAGCUGGACUGUGGAUCUGCUGUUUCAACACGAAUGAAGAACGAGUCCUUACACAGAUCUGCAUGGGAGAUCAGCUCUGACUGUGUUCAGUCUGGAUAUGGCCUGAGGGAGUGUGUGUCAUCAGGUUCCUCUACCUCAAUCAUUGAGAUCACCUGCGCAGAACCUGUCAGAUUGGUGGGAGGAGCCAGCCGCUGUGCAGGAACACUGGAGGUGAAACGAGGAGACUGGAGACCAGUUUAUGGCUCUAACUGGAUCCUGAAGUCAGCAGCUGCAGUCUGUAGAGAGCUGGACUGUGGAUCUGCUGUUUCAACACGAAUGAAGAAUGAGUCCUCACACAGAUCUGCAUGGGAGAUCAGCUCUGACUGUGUUGAGUCUGGAUCUGCUCUGAGGGAGUGUGUGUCAUCAGGUUCCUCUUCCUCCAUCAUGGAGAUCACCUGCGCAGACUCUGUCAGGCUGGUGAAUGGGACUGGUCUGUGUUCAGGCAGACUGGAGGUGAAAAGCUCAGGCUCAGCUAGAAACAUCUCAUCACCUGGAAAAGCUGUUGGACUCACCUGCUCAGAACCUGUCAGAUUGGUGGGAGGAGCCAGUCGCUGUGCAGGAACACUGGAGGUGAAACAGGGAGACUGGAGACCAGUUUAUGGCUCUAACUGGAUCCUGAAGUCAGCAGCUGCAGUCUGUAGAGAGCUGGACUGUGGCUCUGCUGUUUCAACACGAAGCAGAGAGGACUCCUCAGACAGACCUGGAUGGGAGAUCAGCUCUGACUGUGUUGAGUCUGGAUCUGCUCUGAGGGAGUGUGUGUCAUCAGGUUCCUCUUCCUCCAUCAUGGAGAUCACCUGCUCAGAUCCAGCAGUUGUUAUCUCCAGACUGGUGGUCCUGCCGCUGUUGUUCAUCGCUGCCAUCUGUUUCAUCCAUAAGGCCACCAGGGGGCAGAAGCCAGACCCACAGGAGAACGUGGAGCUGGAUUAGCAUAACCUCUGUGUUUGCAGAGCUGAAGGACUGACAGACCAGAGUGAUGGUUCCCAGUUUUAACAAAAGGGGGUCGGAGGCUGAGCUAUAACGAUGGGAGUAUCACAUUGCUCAGCCUCUGUGGGAAAGCUCAUGGCUUCCAUCCUGAUCACAGGACCGUGGGCCAGCUCUGAACCCCUGUAAGGACACUGGAGGCGUCCACCAAUCCACAUGGGCUUUGGUCCGUCUCUUGCUCUCCUGUCUGUGAUUAUUAAUGAAUCCGUCUUAAGAGUGUCUUGAUUGAACAGGCCAACAUAUGAUAUUCAGCUCCCUCAUUUAUGAUUAGACACGGUGAUCCUUGUCAGCAUAUCCUUUAUUCAACUAUGCAUCACAGUUUAUAUCUUGCCUGGCUGUUUAUUAUAUGUGCAAAUAUUAUAAAUAAAUGAUCAUAUCUG